AUGGCAACGUCCUACGAGACCUUUCAACAAACCUUCAAGGUCGCCUUAAUCCAGCUCCACCCCAAGCCUCUCGACCCCGAACACAACUUUGCCACUGCAUCUUCGCACAUCCGCGACGCCGCAACUCAGGGCGCCUCGCUGGCUGUGCUGCCCGAGUAUCACUUGACGAGCUGGGUACCGGAAGAUCACCAGUUCGCCACGAUCGCGCAGACCGCGUACGGAUACGUCUCCAAAUACCAAGACCUGGCGAAGGAGCUGAAAAUCAAUAUCGUUCCAGGUACCAUCGUCACGGUCGACCCAAACUUUCCGCCUCCGGGUGCAACUAACCGGACGACGUCUUCAACGACAAAGGCACCUGCUCUGCUCAACAUUGCGCCAUUCAUCUCGUACACGGGCGAGCUGCUGGGAAGUUACACGAAAGCGAACCUCUGGCUGCCUGAACGUUCAGUUCUCACCUCCGGACCUGAUUCAGCCCGCGCAAAUGGUCGCGGCCCUCACCCCCCUGUCGAAAGGGAAGGUCCACCCCCAUUUAAUCCGCACUCAGUGAUUGAAACUCCCCUUGGUCCCGUUGGCAUCGUCAUCUGCUGGGAUCUGGCUUUCCCCGAAGCAUUCCGCGCCCUUGUCCGACAGGGUGCGCGCUUGAUCAUCAUCCCGACAUUUUGGACGAGGGACGACUUGACUCCAGAAGCACGCCGAUACGGCCCAGAUGUCGAUAUUAUGUUUUUGAAGUCGGCUGUCAUCACACGGUCUUUUGAGAAUACUUGUGCCAUUAUCUUCUGCAACGCGGGCGGACCGUUCGAGGAAGGGUAUGCUGGUUUGAGUCAAGUGGUUCUGCCGUUGGUCGGUAAAGUCGACGGAAGUUUCGAUGGUAAUGAACCCGGUAUGAAGAUUGUGGAAGUCGAUAUGAGGACCGUGGAUGUGGCUGAAGAGAACUACAAGAUCAGAGAGGAUAUGGCAAGGAAGGAUUGGCACUAUGGGUACAGUCAUGAGAAAUAA